AUGCCCCUGCAGCUGCCCACCAUGAAUUUUCGCAGCCACCGGCUACUGCGCCGCUCUCCUCCGCCUCCCCCGGCGAUCUCUAGCAAACCCACCCCAGUUGGUGGAACUUCCAGCAGCGGACUGUCCAGCUUGAGCAGUAUCGCCCAGAUCAGCCCCUGCCUGUACCUCUCCAGCGGCAAUGCCGCAGGCAGUCGCCAGCUGGUCUACGCUCGCAACGUCACCUGCAUCGUCAACGCCACCCUCGAGAUCCCCAACUCCAACUGGCCAGACGUCGACUACAUCAAAGUGCCAGUGCCUGAUCUACCGCAUGCCCCGUUGGCGCUCUAUUUUGACUCCGUGGCAGACAGGAUUCAUCAAAACGGAAAGAGGAAUGGCAGGACUCUGGUGCACUGCGUGGCAGGGGUUAGCCGUUCGGCCACCCUCUGCAUUGCCUACCUGAUGAAGUAUCACCGUCUGUCUCUUCUAGAUGCCCACCAAUGGGUCAAGACCAGGCGGCCCGUGGUGCGGCCGAAUGCUGGAUUUUGGCAGCAGCUGAUCCAGUAUGAGAAAAAGUUGUUUGGCAAAAACACCGUACGAUUGGUGCCAUCACCACUAGGACUUAUACCCGAUAUAUACGAGAGAGAAACUCGUAAUCUCAUCCCUGUUUGGGGUUUCAGAUAA